ACAGGUCGAAUAUGUUCAUUUUAAUGUAGUAAUUACAUUACUAGUUAAUGUCAUUUUGAAACUUUAUUGCAAUAUCUCUUUAAGUGUUGAAUUAAUGUUACAGUCAUUUUGAAUUUUAAAUGAUAAUCACACGACUGAAAUAUAUAUUUUAUUAUGAAGCGUUUAAUUGGUUUGUAAGUAGGAAUCAUUACAAAAUACAAAGAAUGGAUGAAUAGAUUAUUGCACGAACGAUAAUUUGUUCAAAUAUUUUGAUUGGAUACUUGCAUAUUCAGUUGAUAUACAUACACUUACAUUAAUGGAUUAUUUUCAGAUAGACAAAGAGUAGCAGAACGGUUUCUUUGAGCAAAAGAUCUCAUAAACUGACCAUAAAUAGGGCAGUAUUUCACUCCCAACCAGUUCGGAACUAUUUGAAUGAUACAUUUACAUAAAUUAUGAGCGCAUUUUGUCGAAUGUGAAUUCCUUUUCAUAACUCAGGAUAUUUCAAUUCUCAAGAAGUGCAACAAAAUCAAACAAUGGUUAUUCACUAUGGAAAACAAGCAAUGCAGGAGGCUCAAGGGGAAUUCGUAAAUGCUAUAAUAAAUAAUUAAAUCAGCGUGCUGAAAGAAAUAAAAUAUAAAAUUAACGCUACAGUGAUUGUUAUGCUUGUCUCGUUCCAAAUAUACAAUUCAUAAGAAAAUAUAUUUUGUUAUAAAAAAUACUACGUAUGAUAUGCACUGGAUCGUAAACUUAAGAAAGAGGAUAAGUGUAAUUGCGAUAGGUAAAUAUUUAAUUGUGGACUUGGAGCACUAUAGAUCGCGAGGUGAACUGAAACACGAACGGAUUUAAAACUGUCAAAGGAUACUACUACCUUCUCAAGUGUUAACGUACCCUUCCCUUCAGAUUAAUAAAUCUUUUGUGUUGAAUAAUAAGAGGAGAAAAGCAAUUAAAUGGAUCUUCGUUAGCUUGGAUUGGAUUUUUGUCAAAUCAGUUUGAGCUAUAACAUGAUUAGGAGACAGGAUGCCAAGUGAUACAAAUGCAAUGUCGUUGCCGGUGACGGAUAACUCUACUGAUGACUGCCCGGAAUGGUGGUGCGGGGAAACAAGUACACUUACAAUACUUGAGGUGUUUGUAAUAGUCCUGUGCAUUCUGGGAAGUUUAGGAAAUUUAAUGACAAUCGUAGCAAUUUUAUUUUCAAGUCUACGGUACAAUGUCAACUGCAUCCUUAUAGGAAGUCUAAGUUCUGCUGGAUUCUUGUAUUGUUCUCUUAUUUUGUCAAUGCAAACAGUGAUUUUUCAUCGACGGUCACACAAGGUACCAGAGGAUUUUUGUUCCGCGGCUGGUGGGAUCCGUUACACAUUGGUUGGAGUUGUCAUGUUACACCUAAGUGUAAUAGCUUUGUAUCGAUUUUUGAAUGUGGUAUACAUUAACAAAUACCUUUAUAUGUCAGAGCGAAAGCAAUUUUUCAUAGCAUUGGCAAUUUGCUGGUUGUUGCCCUUGGUAUUCACCAUUCCACCUACCUUUCGUGUAUGGGGAGGAUUCCAUUUUCAGUCAUCCAUAUUGGCAUGUACAUUUGACAAAUCAACUGACCAAUCAAAUCGCAUUGCUACUGUCACCGCGGGUUUCAUAGUUCCGUGUUUAUUCAUUAUAUACUGUUACGCCAGAAUUGGAUGUGCGGCAUACAAAAGCUUUAAAAGAAUGAGCCAAUGGAAAGGCAAUACGCCCCAAGGAAAGGCGUUGAGACUUUCAGUAAUGAUGCUUUGCAUCUUUUUUAUAUUUUUCCUAGGUACAUUCCCAUAUUUCAUUUUGAAUGUAACUGAUAGAGAAUUCAAGUAUCCUAUUCACCACAUUUGGACAACAAUGCUUGGCUGGCUGCUUUAUUGUCUGAAUCCAGUUGUGUACACACUGAUGGACAAUAAUUUUAGGACAGCAUACAAGAAGAUUCUGAAGGGAGAUUGUGAAAAGAACCCUGUGCGAAGGCCUAGAAGCACGUUCUCACGUGCAGCGUCUGUAUAAAAUCAUUAAUGGAAUGAGAAAUGUUGGAAUAUUCGAAAGCUAAAAUCAGGCCGCCGAUAGUGCCAUCAGUAUCCUGCAUAUCACAAGGGCGGACGUCCAGUUAAGACUUCUUUUUAAUACACACGUGCACGUCUUACAUAUCGUGUUAUACGUUUACCUGCUCCAUAAAUAAUCCUAACUAAAUAACUAACGAAAAUUACUAUUUCUCUCAGUUUUAAUUUUAUCAAAUCAAGCUAAGUUCAAAACUAUUAUAAUGAUUGUUAAAUAUUUUCCUGGCAUUUCAUAUAGUUAAAACGGACUAAGCUUCAACAGAACUAAAAUAUGCAAGAAAGUUUUAAACUGCCUGUACAUGUUCAGUUUAUGACUGUUUUCCUUAUAAGAUCUGUACCGAAUAAAUAUUUGUUAGACUGUUGUCGAUAACAUUUGAGGUUUUUUAUACCACCGUGGUAAUUAUAGUUUCGUAUUUAUAAGUCAACGCAGUUUACAUUUUAUAAUAGCAUAAAAUAUCGUUACAUCAACUUUCAAGAAACGUAAAUUAGAUCGUAUUAACCGCAGUUUUUGAGCCCUACCGUCAAUAAUUCCCUGAAAAAUAAUGUAUAUGUACGAUUUAUACUACAGUUAUAUUACCGAACAUCUUAUAAAAUGUUUGAGAAUAUGUAAUUCAUUGAGAUAUAUUCACUUUUAUUUCAAUUUUUGACCAGACAAUAUGUCGAGACCUGAUGUCCAUGUAUUUCUCAAAAAUAAAUAUAUGCAUAAUAUUUUAACCAAAAGUGUAUAAUUAUGAGCAAUUAAUAAUUUUAUAUAAAAGAAAAUUUUGUGAUCAAGGAAAUGCAACUCUUCUUGGACAUGUAGAGCGGAAACAUCAAAGGGCAUGAUAUACUGCAUUUUGUCUGUUUUGUUGUAUUUUCUUUAACAUUCAACAGUGUUCGGGAUUGCUAAACACUGACCCAAUAUGCAGUUUACUAAAAAUAUAAAACAGUGAAUUGUUUUUAAGGCCUUACUGUGACUCUAAACUAGGCUCUCUCGCAACUAAGGCGUACAUUUUACUACAUCGCCAUAACAGAAGCUUAUGUUGCUAGGCGGUGUAAAUGGACCUUUUAUUAUACCCGACUAAAUUACACUUUGUCACAAUAGCAUGUAACGAGCGCGUAUUUACUUUGUUAGUUAACGACAAUUUUCGUAUAUAACAAAAAAUCAAUACCUCGUAUCGAUCAAUUUAAACUUAUUAAAUGGCAGUACCAGUGAAAUAUAGCUUAUACCGAACUUUGUACAAAUUUCAACAAUAAUUUUUACGAGUGUUGAUAGGAUUUCAACCGUUAGGAAAUUACAGUUACAAGUUAAAUAAAACCUGCAUCAGACAAAGUCAUUCGCUUUUGCUGUCAGUCAGUAUUACGGCUAAGAUCGACUAUCAUUCGGUUAUUCCUAUGUUUACAUUACUUGUUACCGGUGCAGGUAAAAUUUAAUUUGCUAAGUGUAGUCUCGUCAAAAGCUUCAGUGCUCUUUUAUUUUAUUUUUUCAUUACACACUUUUAUUAGCCAUGUCAUCAUGCCUGAAAAAAACCCCACAACACUUCAUUACGAGUCUUUAUAUAUAUAAUUAAUCAUAAGAAAAAUAUGUCCGGUUUGUUUGUAGCGAUCAUUUACCUAUGCUCUUAUUGCUGUUAACCAUUUUUGACCCAUUUAUUCAUUCCAGUUUGAAAAGAUGAUUUAGAAAACAGAUUUAUUUUAUGCUAACUGAUGAAAAACUGUGUCUUAUCAGUGAGAUAUAAUCCAUAUCACUCACUGCAUAUCACUCACUGUAAAAGAUAUAGCUUUGCCGAUCUACUUGUACAUUGUGUAUAAAUUUUAAAUUAUUUGCUUAAAAUAGGAUGAAAAUUGUAGUCGCACUUUUUCUUUAUAGUAUAUUUCUCGAUUCAAAUUAUUUUACUUAAUGAGAAUUUCAUAACGGUAUGCAGCAAGAAAUAAAAUAAAAUGGAACUUUAUGUCGUGUGCGUCUUUUUAACGUCACAACAGGUCUACGUCAUGUUCGUUUACGCGCGUCUGUUUCCAACGCUGAGAUUAAAAAUUGAUGCAAAAUGCAUAUCUGAACGUAAUUUAGCAUGAAAUAAAAAGUAAAUUUGUUUGUUUUUCGUGAAUAUAGAACAUCUCACCUCAAAGUGAAAUUUUUUUCACAUUUUCACUCGCGCUACGCGCUCAUGAAAAUAUUUGAAAUUUUCUCACUUCUCAGAUUCCAUAUUCGUUCAAAACAAACAAAUAUCCUUUAUAUAUUAUGUACGAAAUGACUGUAAUGUUAUAUUUGUUACAUUAUGUUUGUUGAAAUAAAGAGUUUAUCAUGGAAUGUUA